AUGGCCACCGUGCUGGGCGCCAGCCAUGUCACUCCGGAGGACUACGAUGUUCCGGAGCCGGAUCGGAGGCCGGGCGCGGCGCCCCCAGGGCCGAGACAGCCCUCCCCCUGGGUGGUGCAUGGCGCACUGAUUUUGGCGCAAGUGAUCUUCGGAUCAUCCUCUGUGGUUGGCAAGUUGGGCGUGGAGAAGUUCAAUCCCCUGCUAUUUGCCUUGAUCCGCGAAGGGGUGGCGGGACCCUUGCUGCUGGUGAUGGCCCUCGUCUCCGAUGGCUGCUUGAAACCUGCUGAUAACGACUGGAAUUUGAUCCUGUUGAUGGGCUUCUGCGUCUUCUCCAACCAAGCCUUCUCCAUUCUGGGCAUCAAGUUGGCAGGGCCAGUGAUCAGCAGCGCCUGGCAGUGCUCACAGCCAAUCUUCACCUUGGCGAUCAGCCUUGUUCUAGGCUGGGAAGCACCCACUUGCCGCAAGGUGCUGGGAAUUCUACUGUCCUUCGUCAGUGGGGCCUUUCUGGUGAUCUACGGCCACCAGAUCGGUGAUGCUGGGGCCAUGGGGAACAUCUUCUUGGCCUUCAACUGUCUGGGCACCUCGCUCUACGUGAUCUUCGCCAAGGUCGCCUUGAAGCGCUACCCUCCGAUGACCGUAACCGCCUGGGCUAUGAUGGCGGCGAGCUUGAUGAUGGCCUUGCUGGCAGGAAGCUUGGGCAACAACUGCGCAGUGAUUCAUUUUGUCUGCCCACCCUCGGGGGACCAUGAUUUCAGAUGCGGAAAUCUGGAGACCUCCUGUUUGCCGUGGCAUGUGCCCAGCACCGCACUGCCGUCCUUGAUCUACUUCGUCUUGGGCAACAGCAUUGGAGCAUACCUGCUGAUCACAUGGGCCAACAGCUACGCCAGGGCCGGCUUCGUGUUGGCCUACACGGCCCUGCAACCCUUCACCAGCACGGUGCUCAGUGUGAUUCUGAUCCUAGGAUGGCAGGUGAAGGGCUUGGAGAUGCCUGGCUGGAAUGCCUUGGGCUGCAUCGGCAUCUUGUUGGCCCUGGUUCUGCUGGUUUGGGAUGGAAAACGCCAGCAUGAGGUGGAUGAAGCCAGGAAGUUCUGCAGACUGGAAGCUGGGAAGCUAGCUGGCCAUUGGUCGUCCUACGCACAGGUGGCGCAAAGAAAGACCUGGGGCCACGCCGACUUCGGUGGCGAGGGUGCCCCGCAGCCGAAGCUCUCCAAGGUUCGCGAUCUCGAGGCGACGCAAAGGGCCUUCGCGGCGAUCUGCGAGGAUCACUCGGUGGUCUGUUGGGGAGUGGCCGGUUUUGGUGCAGACAGCAGCGGUGUUCAAGAGCAGCUCUGCGGUGUCCGGCGCCUGCAGUCAACGCAACGCGCCUUCGCCGCGCUGCGGGCAGAUGGCCGCGUGAUCGCCUGGGGCAGCGAAGCCUUCGGGGGCGACGCACGCGCGGUGCAGGACCAGCUUGUGCAGGUCAAGAGGAUCGAGUCUAAUGGCUGGGCAUUUGCCGCUCUCCGUGCCGAUGGCGCGGUGGUGACCUGGGGCCGCCGCGGCUAUGGCGGCGACAGCCGCGACAUCCAGCAGCUCCGUGAUGUCGUGGAUAUUUGUGGCUCCGACACCGCUUUUGCGGCCACCUGUGCGGACGGGCGAGUGGUCGCCUGGGGUGAGGCCAGGGACGGGGGCAACUGCCGGCCGGUGCAGCAUGAGCUCCGCCAGGUCUGGCAGCUAGCUGCAACCGGCUCAGCCUUUGCUGCGCUCCGUGCGGAUGGCCGUGUGGUGACGUGGGGGCACAAGCAGUUCGGUGGUGACAGCACGCACGUGCAGAAGCAGCUGCGUGAUGUCAAGAGGAUUUCGGCCACCAAAGGAGCCUUCGCCGCGCUGUGCGCCGACGGCCGCGUCGUGACGUGGGGCGACCAGGGAUGCGGCGGAGAUUCGACGGAGGUGCAGAGGGAGCUGAAGGAUGUGCAGCAGAUCUAUGCCACAACUGGAUCCUUCGGUGCCAUGCGAGAAGAUGGCAGUGUGGUGUCCUGGCCUCUUACCCGGCACUCUGCUGCCGACUCGCAGGAGUAG